AUGAAGCUUCCUCUUUUCCUAGUAAGUCUUUUGCCUUCUUUGGUAUCUUCCUUCUCCACCAACAGAAUGAUGGAGCAAAAGAUCCGCCCUGCAUCCCAACUCGAAGUCAGUCGUCGCCAUACGUUGGAACUCUUGACUGCUGGAAUUGCAGGUGCUGCUGGGCUUCUAGCCUUUCCCGAGCUGUCCAACGCCUUUAGCCAACAGCUGGAUGACUUUGCCUACGAACCACAACAACAGGCCACAGAUGGAAAAUUCGAUCUGAACUCGGCCUUUGUGGGAGAUUACAAAGAACUUCGGGGAAUGUUCCCAUCUGCUGCUGGAAAGAUUGCUAGCCAUGGCCCUUACGAGAAGGUCAAGGAUAUCUACAAGAUUCCCAACUUGACCGAGCAUGAUAUUGCCAUGUUCAAAAAAUACCAGUCCGAGUUCACUGUGCAUCUUCCAGGACGAAGUUUUGAUGAACGCAUCAAUGCCAGAGUAUCUACCUAA